UUUUUUUUCUUCUUGCUCGUAAUUCUUUUCUUCCUCCUCAUUCCAUUGUCAUUAGAUCAAAAAGAUGAACACACCACCGCCACCAAGAGUGUCAUCUUAUCAACGCUUGAAAGAAAAACUUGCUAGGAAUCCAUCGGAAAGAAUCGAAAAAAAAGACUGGCCUCAACCGAAAAACGUAUCAGAAUUAUUGAAUCAUGCAAUCAAAGGCGGCGCAAGAUCUUUUUUAUUAGCCUAUGGUCUUCGUGCUGGUGUCAACUUUUGUUUAUAUCUUUUACGGGUUAUGCGGAAAAGAGCUCCUCUUUCAAACAUAUUGGUUGCUUCUUUUAAAAACUUGGAUUCUGUUCGAUUUGGGGCAAUGUUUGGAUCUUUUGCUUUCUUAUGGAAAUUAGUCAACAAUGGAAUGCGAAUCUAUAGAGGCAAGGAUGAUAGAUUGAAUGGUUUAAUCAGUGGUGCUAUUGCUGGUCUUAGUAUCCUGUUUGAAAAGAAGGAUAGACGGGUGGAUAUUGCUCAACAAUUAUUGGUCAGAGCACUUCAAGCUGUUUACAAUGCAGGAAAGGCAAGAGACAUUUUUCAUUUCAAAAAUGGCGAUGCUUUACUCUUUGGACUUACCUCUGCACAAGUACUUUAUAGCUAUACCAUGCAACCUACAACUCUUCCACCAGACUUUUACUCUUUCAUGUUGAAAGCCGCUCGUUGCCCAGAAGAAGGUUUAAAGUUGAACGCAAAGAACGUACGAGGAUUACCUAUUACACCAGAAGAAGUACUCAACGGUAUUCAAAAGUUACGACCCACACCUCGUGCCUUGGCAGUUGCUUCUACUAUUACUCCUCAUCCUAUUGCUGUACCUUGUGAAACACUUCACCCCUGGAUGGAUAGUUGCAACGCUAUUGCUGUUGAACGUUUUACCAAAGUAUUCAAAAGUAUGAUGCCUGUCUAUGGAACUCUUCACUUUAUUCCCAUGUUACUUUUCCGUCGCAAACUUUUACGAAGCGAUCCUACAAAAAUGAUCUCCAAAACUACCUGGGCUACUCUGAAAUCAGGUGCUUUUUUGGCAACAUUUGUUACACUUUAUCAAUAUCAAGUCUGUAUGCAUCGGAAUCUACUUGAUGCUGGAUGGAUUCGAUUCAAUCACAAAUAUCUCUAUUAUAUCUUUGGUUUUGUUUGUUCCUAUUCAUCUAUCUUUUUGGAAGACAAGAAACGACGUAGUGAAUUAGCUUUAUAUGUUUUACCCAAGGCUGUCCAAAGUUUUUAUCAAAUAUUAUAUCAAAAGCAUAUGAUGAUCAAGAUCAAACAUUUUGAAGUGAUUAUGAGCAGUGUUGCUAUGGGGAUCAUUAUGUCGUUUUAUCAAGAAGAAGCAGAUGUAUUAUCCUCAUUUGUUAGAAAACUUAUGUAUCAAUUUGUACAAAAGAACUAGAUGAUAUCUACUUAUCAAGAAUAGAAACAAGACAAAAAAAAAAUACCUCUGGAUACCACUCACUUUUGUUUAUCUAUUAGUCAAGGUUUUGUUGAUUAUCAAGAACGAAACAAGUCGAAGCAUGAUGUAUAAUAUAUGAUAGUUGAAACUUAUAGAUAGUUUUAUUUUUUUUUUACAUUUGAAAUAAAAUCUUUCUAUCCUAUUUGUACUUUCA